AUGGUGGACGGGCAGACUAGAAGACGCAGUCCUUCGGUCGAAGGGACCUCGCACCGCCAGCAGUCCGGAGACGCCAUCUCGACAGCGGAUGGCUCCGAAGCGCCAUCGGCCAAGCCCGGCGGUUCGCCGGACAAAGCGGACGCCUCCAAGCAGCCCACGCCGGUUCACGUCACCCCCGACAGCAACGCCGGCACCCCAGCCGGCGAAGCCCGCGGUGGCAGCGCGGGCCGAUCGCGCUGGCUGAAGCUCCGUACCACAGUCCAGCUGUCUGGAGCCAUCAGCGACAUCCAGAAGAAGCGGCCGCUCAAGAGGGAGGACUCGUUCCUCAAGAGGUUCUCGACCAGGCACAUCGGAGAGACGAGGACGUCCGGAAGCGACUCGGCUACGUCGCCAGCCGCCGAACCGCGGCCCAAGUUCUUCUCCAAGCCCAACUGCGUGCGACUCAUCUUGGGAGUGCUCAAUCCGGACGAAAACGCCCUGUUCGUCUGGCUAUGGAUCCUCACCUGGUGCGUGCUGUACAACGCGUGGGCGCUGAUCCUGCGCCAGACAUUCACGGAGUUGCAUACCUCGUCUCUGCAUCUCUGGUUUGUAGCAGACGGCUUUUCGGACCUGGUCUACCUGCUGGACAUCGUCGUCCAGUUCCGCACGGGCUACCUCGAACAGGGUCUGAUGGUGUGCGAGGCCCGGAAGCUGGCCGGCCACUACGUGCGUUCCAGGCCUUUCCUCAUGGACUUGGCGGCGCUUACUCCACUAGACCUGCUCCAAUUCUACUUCGGCGUGACGCCGCUGCUUAGGUUUCCUCGGUUCAUCAAGGUGUAUCGCUGCUACCGCUUCUAUUACAUGGUGGAGUCUCGGACCAUCUACCCGAACCUGUGGCGUGUGGUGAAUCUGAUUCACAUCUUGCUGCUCCUGUCCCACUGGUUCGGCUGCUUCUAUUACAUGCUGUCCCAGUUCGAGAACUACGACGGCCCCUGGACCUACCACAAGCCGGACUCGCCCGAGUGGAAAGGUCUGGCCCGCAAGUACCUGGCGUCUCUGUACUGGUCCACGCUCACGCUCACCACCAUCGGGGACCUGGAGACGCCAAGCUCCAACUUGCAAUACAUAUUCACCAUUUUAUGUUAUCUCAUCGGAGUAUUCAUAUUUGCGACCAUUGUAGGACAAGUAGGCAAUGUAAUUACUAACCGAAAUGCGAGCCGACUGGAGUUCGAACGACUUUUGGACGGCGCGAAGUUGUACAUGCGGCACCACAAGGUUCCGCACAAUAUGCAGAGGAGGGUUCAACGCUGGUACGACUACUCCUGGUCCAGGGGCCGGAUGCAGGGAGGAGGCGACAUCAACUCGGCCCUAGGCUGCCUGCCAGACAAGCUCAAAACUGAGCUGGCGCUCCACGUGAACCUCAAGACCCUGAAAAAGGUGACUAUCUUCCAGGAGUGCCAGCCCGAAUUUCUGCACGACCUGGUGCUCAAGAUGCGUGCGUACAUAUUCACCCCCGGAGACCUGAUCUGUCGAAAGGGAGAAGUGGCCCGCGAGAUGUUCAUCAUAGCCGAUGGCAUCCUCGAAGUCAUCAGUGAAAGUGGCAAAGUGCUCACGCAAAUGAAGGCGGGCGAUUUUUUCGGGGAGAUCGGCAUUUUGAACCUGGACGGCUUCAACAGGAGAACUGCAGAUGUUCGUUCGGUGGGUUACUCCGAGCUGUUCAGUUUGUCCAGGGAAGACGUGCUCUCUGCCAUGAAGGACUACCCCGAAGCGGAGGAGAUCCUGCAGGCGAUGGGGCGCAAGAGGCUUAUGGAAGCCCGCCGGGCGGCGUCCGUCCGCAAGGGCGACGACAUCAUCUCCCGCACGUCCCACGGUGGUCCCAUGGAGGCGAACGCGCCUUCGCCCCAGGGCUCCGUGCACUCGCGCGGACCCAAGUCCAUGGAUGCCAUGCGCAAGCUCAAGAAGGACGUCAAGAACCUCAGGCAGCUGCUCAGGAACCGCACCAACACCACGACUCAGAAACCACCAGAAAUUCAGCUUGAAAUGGAGCCUGUGAUGUCAUCAGUGGAGGAACACCAUGAUGACAGCGACGUCGGAACACCCUCAACACCUGUAGCAAAAUCGUUACACAAGUUGUUCAGGCUAAUGUCCGGUAGCGAUACAUCGGCCAAACACGCUCCGGUAACAUUUCAAGUUCACGCACCUGUCGAACCCCCAGCUGACGUCACGAACCAGAACAUACCGUUGCUAAAAAGGGUGCUCCUACUCAAAGCGAUGGAAGAAAAGUUAGAUAGGGAAAAGCAAGCGCAUCCUCAAGCCACUACUACCACUGAACAAACAAGUGCCUCAAGCAAAGCCGCGCUCACCAAGCUGUCGCCCCCACGACCAGACACCCUGUCGUUAAUUUCGCAGGAAAAACCACAACAUCUACCCGAUACAUCGAGCGCAGCUGCCACGCAGCCGCCUAAAAGUCGUCUCUUAUCCCCCAAAUUCGAGUUGGAAGAUGAGGUAGUCGUAAAACCGCACGAGAAAGUACUGCACACGGCGCACACGUUGGCAACCUUGGAAGAACAGCCGAGCUCUCUCGAUUCGUCUACCACGGAAGCACAAAAUUCACAGAGCGAUAGCCAAGCAAAGAGGACGUUGAAGAUGGCGGCACCCCAGGGGGCACCAGUGGCAGUGGCAAUGGCGCCCCGACCUUCAGCCACGUCCUUCAGAAGCAGAUUGUGGAACAGGAACAGCUUGGAAGGACAUGCAGCAAGGAGGAGCCUUCUUCGAAGGAUGGAAGCUGUUGAAAUGGAGUCUCAAGACGCUUCCCAAGUUCUGCGAGGGAACGUCGAUGACUUGAGGUCACCCAACAACGGACCGUCGAGACAAAGAUUCCGAAAGGGGGUCAUCGAUGGCCAGUCUCCAGACACAGAUCUGGAGCAGAGCCUUGUGUCCGGACUAUUGCGUCAGGAGGACGGCAUCGAGCAGUACGUCGCAGCAGCCAUGAAGCACAUCAAGCUGGCGUUCAAAACGUAUCUGCAUGAAACACAUCUCCAGCUGAACUCCAAGAUUUCGCAACUCGAGGAAGACAUCAAAAAGAAAGAUGCCGUGAUAUGCGACCUACGAAGGAAACUGCUUCUUCAAGAACAAGAGCUCAGUCGCCGUGAACUAAGUUAUUUAGAAGAAGUGAGCAGCCUGAGUGAUACCAGUUUAUCCUGGUCCGAUGAAGACGAGCUCGUGCUAACGACCGGGUCUGUGGAUAGCGCCCGCGCAGAGCCCCUCCUCGAGGAGGAGGAGGACGAUGCCGAGGACGAGGACCGGGCCGACGCCGAGGCCGAGGCCUGUCCCGCCGUCCCUCCCGAGCACAUCCCGGCACGGGGCCGGCCUUUCCUCUACUCCUGGCCCAGACCCAACCUCCCCAACUCGCGCUCGCACCGGCACCGCACCUUCCACAGCUCGUCGUGGCAUGAGCCUUCACUCUCGGCACUGGCAUCCGACUCUGCACUGUGUGGGAUGGCUGCUGCCAGGCUCAAACCGGAAGACCUGUGGAAGCUUGAGUUUCCCGCAAGCCAGGAGCAAUCCAAGGCCACGAGCAUGGAACAUCUAAGCAGGCUGAGCAGCAGCAGCUGUACCACCCUGCCAGAUUUCCCGACGCAGUUCAGCCCACCGGUUAGAGCAAGUAGCGUGACUUCACCGCUGACCUACAAGCGACCUCCCUCAUCUUCGAAUUCGGAUGAUUGGGAAGUCAAAAUGCUCGUUGAAGAGUUUGAGAAAAAGAUUCAAGAAGACGAGGGCAGUCGCCGCCAUUCGUGCUACGAUCCAUUAUCAUGGAACAGAGUGCUGUCGAGAAAUCUCAACCACGGUGAUCUCCUGAGGCGCCAAAUGACGACAGCGUCGCCGUUCGGAUCGCAGGAAGAAGGUCGCAGGAAGCAUUUGCGACGGAAGCAUAGCCUUCGAGACGACCGGAUGUUGCGCAGCCUAGCAACCAAGCAGCCAGCGAUGGAUGUAAGGCCUAAAUUAACGAGGUUUGCUUCCUUGGACAUGCCCCGGUAUCACCGGUACAGGCAUCUUCAUCAAACUAACCAGGGAGAUGACUUUCCAGGGUUUGACCCUUUUCCCGAACGCGCUUCCAGCGACCAGCUGCGGCCAGCAUCGAAGGCCGCGCUCAAACGGCGAGCUUUCUGGCAGUCCAAGCAGCGCCAGAACUCUUUCCUGUCCUGCCAAGCUCCAGCUGGACAGGACCAACAGAGGCUUCUAGCCUGGCGGAGCUUGGACGAAGAAUGUGAGACAAAUGUGAUAGACGCCAGUGAGCACCACAGCGCUCAAGAGACUUCAUUCUCGAACGAGUGUCUCUGGCAUGCCGACCAGACACCGCAACACCGGCAGCAGCAUCAGCUGCCGCAGCAGUCACAUGCUUCCAGCUCAUACAUAGCGGGAUGGCCAUCUACGCCUUGCUUGCCUACCAUCAAAGAAGAUGCGGGUCUGCCCAGUCGCGACAGCAACGUCCAGAAACUUGGAGCUAGCGGUUCGAGAAGCUAUAGCGAAAAUUGUCUCGCGGACGCUGGCGCCGCGUCGCUACCCCAGCUGUCCCUGACACGGAGGAGCUCCUCGAGCAAGACAGGGACGUCGUCCGAGACGUCGACGGAAACCACCAUUCACGAGGACGACUACCGGGCCUCGAAAAACGUGACGGCGCUGCACAUGAGUGAGGGCGAGGGAGACGGACAGGAGGUCAUUCCGGCCGUGCAGGAUAAAGGAGACAGCGUAGCGAUAUCUAUACCUGAUACUGAACACAUCUGGAGUUUGCCCUAGCGCUACGAUAAUUGUCACUAGUCCGCAUGUAGUGCCUUCCUCGGUUUCGAAAUUAUUCAGGCGGAGAACCCACACGUGCAAUUCACCCUCCACCCUGCUUCUGAGUUGCUUCAUUGUCGGUGCCUGACUUGAUUCUUCGUAUUUUCAUAUCACAAAAAUAAGCGACACAGCAAAAGGUCAAAAUAAGUCACUUAAAAAAUUGCUUUAAUAUUUUUCUUUUUUUGACUGUGAACAAAAAUGUUUAAGGAGAUCAAGACUUAACAGAGAAGCAAAAAUAGACAAGUACCCUAUUUUCCCCAGUCUCAGGGUUAAUAAAAAUGUUGCCAUUGAACCAGUUUGUCAGUACACUUUUGUUACUUAAGAAAAUACCAGUAGUAUACAAAGGUUUAAAAAAAUGCAGGGGACCGGGGGCUUUUUAUGAGUUCUUUAUUAAUAUACCCGCACACAUUGCAGCGGAAAAUAGGACGAAACACAUGAAGUGUCGGACGCACCCCAGGCACGUUUUAGAGUAAGACACUGUUGGAGCUCUAUUUUCGCAUCCACAAAGUUUGCUUACCUAGCCAAUAAUGCUGCAGGGCAAGAGAUAUCAAGACAAAGCGUAUGAUGGCUUCAAGUUAUGCCGGCCUUCAGUCAUGAAGUUUUUCGUUGACUGCACAAUUUUCAAACGCAGGAAGGGCAGAGAAGCAGUGGUGUUAGUUCAUCAUGCUUUGCUUUCGGUGCCACUUGCGCAUAAAGCGUAUAUUUUAGUCCACUUAUUCACAAAAUUAUAACAUAUUUUCCGGUUAUCGUGCUAACAACAUUGAAUCUUUUACUAGAAGGUAUCUCAAAACUUGUCGUACUUUGUUUGGUGUCGGGUGCGCAUGAAGCCCAAUUUUACUGAGGUCAACGCAAU